AUGCAAUUGUUCCUGUGCCUCAUGACCACAUCAAUAUCGCUAAUGUUAAUCCUGGAAAACGACGGACUUCAACUAAUGUCAUUAUUGGAUGGAUCCUUCCUGGAAGCUGACAGUAAUUAUCCAGACAGCUCUAACAUCAGCCUUGGUUCUGGUGCAUUGCACCAAAAAUAUCAUACAAAAAUGACAGUAGAAGAGGAACUAAGAAGAAUUGCGAGCUUAUGGGAUCCAGUUCUAAACAAAAGCUACGACCCUACUAAUUUUAAGGGGUACAAUGACACAUUUAGGAUAAGUAAAAAGUUGAGCAAGAAAGAACACAUCAAUACCUACCAAAAAAUGGAAGACGAAAGGAAACGAAUUAAAAGUUUAUGGGAUCCUGACCUAAAUAAAACUUUUGACUCUUUGGUGUUAGAAGACCGUAGUGUUGGAAAUCAGAGCGUUGAAAACCAAAUCAGAGCAAUUUACAUGCAUAGAAAACCAGUUUAUGGCCGAACGUAUUCAAUUUUUUUGACGAUGCCAAGUCUGGGAGACGAAACUUUCGUUCUCAACAUUACGGUUUCUUCCCAAGAUUAUCUAAUUGAUGAAAUAAUCACUGCAGUCGAUAUGAGAUAUUCUGGUUGGAGCUACACAAAUAAUUUACGGAAGCUAUUGAAAAAGCGGGGCAUAAAAGUUUUCCGAGUUCCCUAUAAUCGUUGUUAUUAUUACCGCAGUAAAGCUACUUUUUAUGCCACGGGACUCAAUUAUCUUAUUUGCCAAGUAAGUGGAUUGGAGAGAAGAGAUGUUCUAUUGGGAUACACCAAUAUGAGAUUUGAAGUGCAAAGAUCACCGGGCAUGGGUUGCGUACCAACAUUGGGUUUAGAAUUUUGUAAAAAUCCUGAAGAGCCGGUAGAGUAUUCGCCAUGGACUCGACUGGAGUUCUUUGCAAAUAUCGGAACGGGCUGUCGUACGGUCAAAUACGGAAAAAUCGAAUGGGAUUUUUAUGAUAUUACCGAGACCGAUCUUAUUUGUCAUUUAACGAGAUCUACGGGCCUUUUGGUGAAGAUAAAUCCGUACGAGUUGGACUUUCUAUACGAUCCGGGCAAAAAAAUCUUUAUUUUACGCGGAAGAGUCAAAAUAAAUAAUGUCUAUACUUUAGCUCGUUGCUAUGUGAUAUACAGAACCCCCCAAAUUGAGCCCCGAAUCAAAGGCAAUAUGCGACGCAAGGUUGAUAUUCGGAAACCAAUUGAGAUCGACGGGUCACGAACCAAGGACAGGUUAAGAAAAACCGAAGCCCAUGAUACUAAGCACUUCUUUUGGGAUUGUCGCAGCUUGGACGAUCCAGGCAAUCGCUAUUGUCAAUUUCAUAUGUCAGAGAAGCACAGCAUGAAGUUCCCAGCUAAUGUUUUAAAAGAAAAUGCCGUCUACGACUACAGUUUAACAGUCAUUUCGCAAAUCGACCCGCAAAAUCGUAGGACCACCCACCAACUGUUGAGGGGAGUCACCACCCGGACCAUCACACCUCAGAUUAUCUGCCGACGCAACUGCAGACUAGGUGUUUACUCUCCACUCGAAAGUGUCCACCUGAUUCCCAGGUGCGAGGACUGCCCGUCAAAGAUACUGCGAUACGAGUGGUGGGUGCUGGUCAAUGGAUCGCAGCCUCACUUUGCAUCGCAGCAAAAGUACCUGAUCCUGAAAUACGACGAGACGGUUCUUUCCAUCCGAUUGAGGCUGGUGCUGAGUGCCACGCUGUACGGCGAUGCCUUUCACAAGCUGCGCCGAAAUGACGGUCCUCAAAAUGGCAUUUGCCAUAUCGAUCCCGAUUUCGGACUCGAGGCCUUCACCGAAUUUGAAAUUUCCUGCACAGGGUUUGUGGCGAUCCACCCCCCAAUGAACUAUCGCUAUGUGACGGCCAAGGGUGUGAUCGCCACUAAUGUUCCCUAUUCACGAAUUAAACUCACUCUGCCAGCCACACGCUAUGUCCAGGUUUCGAUUUGCGACGCCACCCACACGUGUGUAAAGCGAGAUCUGCAAGUGGAUAUAGAAAGUGUAAGAUAUAGCCAAUCCUACUACACGGGUGACAUCGAGGAUUUAAUGGGGCCAGCGCCGCGUUUGUUGCACCAUGGCGAGUGGAACCAGGCCUACGUGAGGAGCAUAGUGGCUUCCAAGUGGAUCGAGAACCCCGAACAGGCCCGACUGGUCUACUCGCCUCUGGGGAAAGUGGUGGCCACGACGGGCUCCCAGUUGGAGCAGCUCACCUCGCUGGCCACUCACAUCUUGGUUCAGCUGGUGCCGGUCGACUAUCAGGGAGCCCAAUUAAUGGCAAAGAUUUUCAGACAGCUGAGCGCCACUUUCGAGGUGAUCCUCAAGGAGCAGGAGUGGCUGCAUCGGGAAGCCUACUUCUCCCUGACAGCCAUGUACAUGUUCUUCAUGGGCAUUCUGAGCAAGAAAUCGGAACGCCAUUCGGCGUCCAUGUGCAAGCUUUACAAUCCGGAGUGCAUCAAUCUGCGGAUCAUCGACUUGGAAAAGAACUUUGAAAUCCAUUUCGAUACUAUAGUCCUGCUGCGCAUCAACAGCUGGAUGAUAAACACGUGGUAUCUGUACAAAUGCAUCUUCUACCUGGGAGCAAUGGCCACCCAUCGACAUCAUCCCUAUGACGAGGUCAUGACGGUUUCUGCCAUUGGCACUGCAUAUCAGAUAAACGUAACCGAGGUAGCAGACAGAGUACAACCCAUCACCAUGGCCACAAUGGACAACAGCCACACUGUCGAGGUGUCGGUGGCGCUGCUCCUGGAACUAAAGGCAGACCUAAAGCACACCGACAUUCUCUUCCAGACGAUCUCGCAGCAGAAUAAUCACAAUAUCUUCUGGUGGUACCCGGAGCCCCUGCCCGCGAGGACCAGUGUGCUAAUCGUCCAUGCCUUCAGUCCCGAGACGUAUUACAAGUCGGAAGAGGAGUCCGUGCUAGAGAAUCCGUUGGUAUUCAAGACGAACAUCACGCAGUUCAACGAUCAGUUCGCCUUCACGCGGUGGAUGGCCAAUGGCAGCAUUGCAAAUGGUACGCAGAUCAACAUUUACAGACUGAUACUCAACUCCAAGGCCAUGUUGGCGGUGCGAAUAGUGAGUUGUACGGAGCUGAUGUACGUCAAGUUGCGCUUGCACAAGUGGCCAUCGUUAAAGGAGAUUGAGCAGAGCUCUUGUCACAUAUAUCCCGAUAUGGGGGGCCGACGCAUUUGGCUGUCCAAUUCGUGCAAAGAAAGCCGGGCAUUUGUCUCCAUUCACAGGCCAGGUGACCCAGACCGAGCAGCUAAGUCGCGGAUGCGAAGACAAGUGAGCUACGACAACGAAGACCAAGAUGAUGACGAUCGGUUUCUGAACUACUCGAUACUGAUGGAGAUCUACCAGUGCAACUUCUGGAAGAACAGCUCACUGGAUCCCGGCUGGAGUGAGGACCACUGCACCACCACUUUUGAGAGUAGUUAUGGGUCAUCGGUUCAGUGCACUUGCCACACCCUGGGCACCUUGGCCUCCCGGACUUACCCCAUCUCAGCGGAGCUCUAUGUGGAGUACGUUCCCACUCCCGUAUUCUUUUUCUACGCCUAUAUACUGGUGGUAUUUUUUUUGUUCCUCGGUUUGAUCGUCGCGCAGUUGGUUUUCUCUGCGGACUUCAUUAUGGCCCAUCUAAGGCAACCUUCGUUUAUGGAGUGCGAUUCUAUCAAGAAAACUCAAUCACUCCAUCAGCUCGAUGGUGGAGCAGAGAUACUUCUUGUGGUUGCAACCGGAGCUCAGGAGUUUGCGGGAACCACCUCCAAUGUAAAGUUCUACUUCAAGUCACCGCAUCGCCAGCAGACAUCGUACCAAAUCACCCAGGAUCCCGGGCGACCGCAACUGUUGAGAAACAGCAUCAUACAACUGAGGGUGCCCAGGGGUUCGAUUUACAUACCCACCCGAUUGGCCCUGGGCACCGACAGGAAUGGCCGGUAUCCAUCGUGGUUCUGUCGAUCCGUGACGGUCGUCGAUCUGACGUAUAACCAUGAGCAGCUGUUCCUCGUGAACGAUUGGAUUGGACGGCGGCACACGCACUUCAUGCGCUCCAAGUACUUUACGAUGGGCGGCUAUCGGAAGUCCCCGAAGUACACGUGGUGCCAGCGCCUGAGGACCCGAAUGGAGCAGCUGUUCGUCAGCUGGUUCAUGAUCAAUCCGAUCACGGGACCCUGGCAGAGUAGCGUUGGCGGGGUCGUCCUGAACCGAUUUGAACGCACCUCCGUGUGGGUCUGCAAGGCAGCCAUCACCAUUACGGUGGUCUGCUUGUAUUUCGGAAGGAGUACAGUGGAAGUAGUUCAGGACGAGGACAGGCUGGACCAAGAUCGACUCAGAAUAGACUUGGUGAUUUAUCUGGCCUUUUGCGGCUUUAUCAUCGGUUUGUUUGUACAUUUGCUGUUCGAAAAGAUGAUAUUGCAGUGGAUGUGGCGCCCAGACACUUAAACUUACGUACUUGAUUUGUUUUAUAAAAGACAAUGUUUCUUCUUAUCCUAAUGUGAA